AUGACGACUCUUGAAGAAGGAAAAAGUGGUGAAUUCAGAACAUUCGAAGACACUUCACCAAAAGUCGCUAGCUCUGGUCCACUUGGGUUAUGCGCAUUUGCUUUAACAACAUUUGUAUUGUCGAUUAAUAAUUCUGGAUCCUAUUACCUACAACUUCCAAAUAUUGUAGUAGGAUUGGCAUUAUUUUAUGGUGGUCUAGUACAAUUAAUAGCAGGAUUGUGGCAUCUUAAAGCUGGAAAUACCUUUGGUGCCACCGCUGCUGGUUCUUUUGGUGCUUUUUGGCUCUCUUACGCUUCAAAUUUCAUUUUUCGUCUUACAGAUUUUUACAUACCCGAAGAUCCUUUUGCAGUUGAUCAUGCUAUUGGAAUAUAUUUAUUAGCAUGGACUAUCUUUACGUUCCUUUUGACAUUAGCGGCGCUCAAAACAAAUGGAGCAACUCUGUUAUUAUUCUUUUUCUUAAACACUGCAAUGGUCUUACUUACAUUAGGGAAAUUUUACCAACUUAGCGAAGAUGUAAAAGGACCAAAUGGCUUAACAAAAGCUGGUGGUGUAUUCGGUAUAUUAACCUCAUUAAUGGCCUGGUAUAAUGCUUUUGCUGAAUUAAUAACCCUCGAAACUUCUUAUUUCACUUUACCUGUAUAUGAUUUAAGUCACAAGAGAAGAUAGU